AAUAAAGUCAAGCAACAUGUCCACGAGAAGGAAACACGUUCUGAAAGAGGUGGUCGAAACGCCGGCAAAGCAAGAUGACACGGUUCUCAGCAAGGUGGACGGUAUUUGGCUGCGAACGUUUCUACUGGUUACUUGCGUCAAGAUGCUCCUGAUUCCCACUUACCACUCCACUGAUUUUGAAGUACACCGUAAUUGGCUCGCUAUCACGCAUAGUCUGCCUGUUAAGGAAUGGUACGUGAAUACACAUUCUCCAUGGACUUUGGAUUAUCCUCCUCUGUUCGCAUGGUUUGAAUACUGCCUCAGUCAGAUAGCAGUGUUCCUCGAUCCCGAGAUGGUCAAGGUGGAGAACUUGAAUUACGCAUCGCCAAAUACUGUGUACUUCCAAAGAGGCACUGUUAUACUUGCUGAUAUGAUAUUCGCAUAUGGAGUAAGAGAAGCAGGCAGAACGUUUUGUCAAUCUGUGAACAGCAGUGUAGUCUUCGUACUUUUAUCACUGUGCAACAUAGGGCUACUGAUAGUGGAUCAUAUACACUUCCAAUACAAUGGCUUCCUACUCGGCAUUCUGUUGAUAUCAAUGUCGAACGUGUCGAUGGUCGGCGAGCAGACGUCGGUAUUGCAAGGAGCAGCAUGGUUCGCCGUUUUACUCAAUCUAAAACACCUGUAUGUGUACGUAGCACCGGCAUACAUCGUCUGGCUUCUAAAGUCGUACUGCCUGAACGGUGGGAAAUUCUUUAAACGUAUAUUCACACUCGGACUUAUCGUUCUGGCCGUCUUAGUGGUAUCUUUCGGUCCGUUCAGAACUCAAUUGCCACAGGUGCUUUCCCGUUUGUUUCCGUUUAAAAGAGGCUUGGUACAUUCCUAUUGGGCUGCAAAUGGUUGGGCGCUGUACAUCGGCGUAGAAAAAGUGUUAUCUGUGAUAUGGAAACGUUUGGGCUGGUUAGGAGACGCUAAAACCGCAGUGAUGACGGGCGGAUUAGUGCAGGAACAGGCCUUUCUUAUAUUACCCACUCCCACGCCCAUUGUCACAUUCCUCUUGACUUUUUUGGCAACACUUCCUGCUCUAUGGUACCUAUUCCAUAAGAAGCACUAUAUGAACUGGAAAUACUUUGUUAGGUGCAUUGUCCUAUGCGCUUUAGGAUCGUUCAUGUUCGGCUGGCAUGUGCAUGAAAAAGCCAUAUUGACCGCGAUCGUUCCUUUGUGCGUUCUGGCGGCGACGGACGAGGAAGAUGCACGGACAUUCAUAAUUCUAAGUAGCACCGGUCACACCGCUCUUUUCCCACUGUUAUACCCCGAUAAUCUAUCUCCGUUAAAAAUAAUAUUGUCGCUGACGUAUGCGCUAAUGUCGAUUGUAACUCUGACGAGUCAUCAUGGCAAGUCUCUGUUACGAUUACACGAGUGGCUGUACGUGAUUCCGCUGCCGCUGGUCACGAUUUACGAAACGAUGUUGCACAAGUUGCUGUUCGGCGACAGGCUGCCAUUCCUGCCGUUAGCGUUUACUUCCAUAUAUUGCGCGAUCGGUGUCACUUAUUGCUGGAUACUGUAUUACUGUAUAUAUCUGCGAAACAACGUUCGCACCGACGACAAAACAGCAGCGGGCAAAUCGAGGCGCCAAAGAUUGAAGGAUAAAUAGAAGAUGCGAUUGUGAGAAAUC